GGGGGCGUGGCAUUUUUUUUAGGAAAAAAAGCUAAACAAUCUUUAAUCUUUCAAAUUGACUGUGUCGGCUUUUUAAAUUGUCUCGGCUGGUGGAGAAGUCCAUACCUUAGAAUAGUGGUAACACACGGGGAUCCACUCAAGACAGGCCUGAAUGUAUUUUCUUCCAAAUUUCUGCACGAAAAGGUAUAGAAAGCGGAUAAUCUUUCUUUAGUCACCACUCCGGUCCGACUAUGAAUUCUAAACGUUUGCUUGACAUGUCUCCGGCUGAAGUACUGGUCGGGGGCGCUUCGAAACAAGCCGGUAUUGACCAGCAUGCAGAGGGUUCCAAGGGAAGCGAAAUGAGUGUCACCACUACUGACAGCGGUGUCAUUCUGGCGUGCGGGAGCGGGUCCGCAUCAGGAGCAGUUUUAUGCACAUUCGUGCUAGACGAAGGGUCUUUGAGAGAAUGUACAAACCAGGAAAUCAUCCUCAAUGGGAAUGACCUGUCGUCAGGGAGAGAAAAAUACGCGCACCGGAAAAUAAUGGGUUGUGGUGGCGAGGCAGAUGAGAGGAACAGUGGUCUGACUGGGGUCCUUACUAACGGCAGUCCCACUCACUGCCUGAUCCUGAACGGGCAGAAGCCGGACAGACACAUGCACUCGAAAGCGAGGAAUCCGCUGGUGCCUGAUGGUUUCCAGGAAACCGGACAUCAAGUGCCACCCGAGGAGAGAAAUCCCCACCCCUCUUCCCACAUACCUGUYCCCCGACGCAGAAAACCCUCAGGUCGUGCUGAUAAGGAGGUAAUGGCUGCCACCGUCCUGACAUCGCUAUCCACCUCCCCACUGGUCCUCACCCAGACAUCCUCAGCUGCAGUUCCGGAGUCGGCUAGCAGGGGGUGGAAGGAGGCGCUGUCGACCAGCUACAGCAGCUCCACCAGUGGCAACUGGAGCUGGGACACCAGCGACCAAUCAGUGCCCUCCACGCCAUCCCCACCCCUCUCCAACGAUGCCAGCAAGAGCUUCCUGCUCCCCUCCCAGGGUGAUGACGUCAUCGAGGACGUCACAGAGAGCACUCAUUUUCCGUUUGUGGACCCCAUACCCCGGAAGCGAAAGGUACAACUCGGGGUCAGGGGUCGGGGUCGGGGGGUUGUAAUGAGGUUUCGUCUCAAUGCUUCUGAAUAUCUUUCCUUACUCAUCUCCUGAUCUCCAAGGAGUUCAUAGAUCACAGCUAUUUGAUUUAU